AUGAAAGAAGAAGGAGCAUGCCCUGAUUCCCCUGAAGGCAGCCUGGUAACCAGCGAAGAAGAGGCUGAGCGCCAACAGAGGAAGGCCAUACGUAAGCGCACAGUGCUGGUAGGCAAAGGUGCUGAGGGGAGGGUGCCUGUUUCACCUCCGUGCAAGCGUAACAAAAGGAGCCCCCAAAUAGAUACAUUUGAGGAUGUACACACUCAGAGAAUCAUUGCCAACGUAAGGGAGCGGCAGCGCACACAGUCCCUAAAUGAUGCUUUUGCAGAGCUCAGAAAGAUCAUACCUACCUUGCCAUCCGAUAAGCUAAGCAAAAUACAGACCCUGAAGCUGGCUUCUCGCUAUAUUGAUUUUCUGUACCAGGUCUUGCAGAGUGAUGAGCUGGACCACAAGAUUGCCAGUUGUAACUACCUUGCCCAUGAAAGACUCAGCUACGCCUUCUCUGUGUGGAGAAUGGAAGGUGCCUGGUCCAUGUCUGCAUCCCACUGAACCCACCAAUGAUGCCUCUCUUGUCUGCUGUUUAAGAAGGUAUGUCAUAAGUGACCAUUGAAAAUAAGGUCCUCUGUUCCAUUCCAUGGCUCCAUCUUUUUGGCAGCACGAGAGCUGUGCAGUAAAUAUGUGAAUGAACACUACAAGUAGUCGUCUGGGAUAAUGAUUCUGGAAGACCUACACUAGAAAAGGAUUUGUGACGUUGAAUAUGUGUCAUGUUUCAGCUGGAAAAACCUUGGCGCAGCUGACCUUUUCACUCCACGAAUGUAAAAGUCAACUGUGGACAUAAAACCACUUGUAAAGAAACCCUGUGGAAGUUAUUUAUUCAGGAAAAGAAACAUGAAACUAAUCCAAAUGGAGCCUUCCCUUCUAUGCUAAGUCUGCAAAAAUAAAAAUUCCUUUACUUUUUAGCUAUGGAAGGAUCUCAAGGAGGGAUCAGCUAGCUGCAACUCUAUUCAUUUCUCAUCCAGUUCUUCAAAGACCUGAGAGCUCUUGCAUUGCAUUUAUGGAUGGCUUUCUUGCAUACAUCAUAUGAUAUUAAAAGAGGAUCUCCAUUAUAUUCUAUGCCAAGCUUCAGCAGAGAAGAGUCCCUGUAGAUUCUCCAAAGAGUAGACCUGCCAGCAUCCAGUGGUACGAAGGAAUCUCCCAUCAAUCCAGCUGUCAGAGUAAAAUGUAUAUUCUGUAUGGAAGCGAAAGUAAUAUUCCACUUAAGAAAAGACUGUAUUUCCUUUUAUACCAUAAUAUACAAGGUAGAGAAACAGCCAGAGUAUGCCUUUUUAUUUUUGUGAAAUCAUGGAAAGAUAUAUACGGCAAUGAUAUGGGUUGAUAUGUGGUACCUUCUUGUUGGGCGUUUUAUAGAUAUUUCCCUGGCAGAUUGAAAUAGGUGACGAUUAUGUCUUAGAAAUGUAAUAGUACAGUACAUAAAGAACUCCUUGAAGAGUAAAUCUGCAGGUGGCUGACCCAAUAAAACCUUUAACAAUGUCUAUGCAUGUGUCUUGAAUGCCUGAAUACUGUAUAUGGAAAGUGUUUGCAUUUGCUCUAGAAAGUAACCUGACUGCUGCUUCUCUGUGCUUGGCAUACCGUAUAUACUCGAGUAUAAGCCGACCCGAGUAUAAGCCGAGACCCCUAAUUUCAACCCAAAAUCCCAGGAAAAGUUAUUGACUCGAGUAUAAGCCUAGGGUGGG